UCAUGUAAUACAUGGGUCUCACAACUAGUCAUCCUAUAAACUAGAUUUUACAAAAUGUUAUUACUUUGUCACUACCACCUAGCUUAUAAAGCAUAAACUAGGUUUUCAACUACUACGCCAAACACAAAGUUAGCCUAAAUAAUUAUCUUAUUAUCAAUACACUUUGUCUUCUUUCUGCAGUUUUGACCAAAUCACUAACAAUGAGUCAACACCCUGUGAAUCAAACAACCACCAACAUAUUCUACAAGACCCGGAUCUGUCACAAGUUUCUAGAGGGAAACUGUGGAAAUUGUGACAAUUGUACUUUUGCUCAUGGACCUAUAGAUUUACAUGAACCCCCACCAAACUGGCUAGAGCUUGUGAAGGAUAAAAGAGGACAAGAUUUGAAUGAUGAUCAAAGAAUCAUAUACCAGAUGAAGAUAUGUCACAAGUUUGCUAUAACCGGUGAAUGCUCUUAUGGAGAAAAAUGUAAUUUUCUCCAUGAAAGUCCUACAAAAUUCAAGGCUCAAAUUACAAAAAGAACAAGUGGGGAUUCUAUGAUCAGGUUUCAGACUAUGGUUGAAUGUAGUCAACCCAAUGGCAGUCAUAUUAUCAAAGUUAGUACUACUAGCAGUGAUCCUAAUGUUAAGUUUUUGAAAAAUAGAAUUUGUAGUAAGUGGGAAAUAACAAGGACAUGUGCACUUGGAGAUAAAUGUCACUUUGCUCAUGGGAUUAAAGAAUUAAAUACACCAGUUGCACCCAUGGAGGUUCAUGGUUCCACUGCCACAAAUUCGCUCCGCUUACCAGUGACGGAAUUGCCGCCUAGUAAUUUUGCCACUGCUAUUCCUUUAAAACAAGGUGAAGGAAGGGGGUUUGCAAAGUUAAGAUUAUCAAAUAAGAAGAUCAAAGGUAUUUAUGGAGAUUGGAUUGAUGAUGAUGAAGAAGACAAGCAAGAUAAUUAA